AGGAGUCCAUCUGACAUGUGUUUUGUCGUUGGACUUUGAACGAGAGGCAAGAGAGGCCGAAACGAAAACAGUAGACGUGGAGCACCUUUACACCCAUAAUAAGGCUUUCCGAAAUCUAACCAAGAGUGGAGUUCCCAGCAAGCGAGUCGUUGGUGUAUUGUCGGCGGCCGCAGUGGGAUUCAAACUGCUGUCCGGUGUCGCUUCACAAGUGGACUUGUCACGUGUCUGUGUGGUAGGGUUUUCUAAUAUGGGAAACCGGAAAUUAGUCAACCCGGAGUGGUAUCUGUCGCAUGGCGUUCUCCGGGAACCACUGCCAAGGGAAAUCCUCCCAGGAGACGGCGGAGUGUUUACUUUUGAGAAAACGCAUUACGCUACUUUCGGGACGGCAGGCGUUUUUACAUACGCGAUCGAAAAUUCUGGCUACCAGGUGGCGGUCAUGUGGGAUGUCCCUAUGAUAUACGGGCCUUCCUCCAACAUGUUCAAUGUCCACAUCAUGGAGGGAGUAACAGCCAAUGAACAAUUGUUUGAUUUACUUCGCCAAGAUGAGAAAACAGUGGAGGUCUGGAACUCGGGUCACUGGUUGUCAAGAAACAUACAUGGUUUCCAGGUUCAUGGCGCCAUGACCAACCAGGGUAAAGCGUCGUUCCUAGUACAACUGAUCUACAACACGACGGAGCCUGGUACGGGUCGACGACUUUGGUAGACCAGAUACGCUACCCCAGCUCUAGUAAUUCCGUCUGGCGGAGCCUACGUCUGGUUUCGCUUCUUGAAUUGAUAAUUAUAAUAAAAUAGGCGUAUACCGACCAAUCAAUUUGAAAAUUUUA